UCAAUCUGCGUCUCCGCCUGGUUCAUCGGGGUUGAGCGCAGCAAUGCCGGUAGAUUCCGGCACCGCUCUAGAUGCCAGGAAGAGGUGCUUCGCUGGUAUUCAUGAUGCUGUUAAAGCUGGCAACGUGGCAGAACUUGAGUCGAUGGUGAAAAAUGGAGCCGGCAUUAAUGAAGUGGAUCCCAUUCACAAAUUUACUCCAUUGCAAUGGGCAGCACUCUCUGAUAGUUUAGAGUGCCUGCAUUGGUUGCUGUGGCAUGGUGCGGAUAUGACAAAUGUAACUCCCAGGGGUUGGACCGCAGCCCACAUUGCAGCCAUUAGGGGCCAUGAUGCCUGUAUGCAGGCCUUGAUAAUAAAUGGUGCAAACUUAACAGUGAAGGAUGAUAGAGGCUGUACGCCACUGCACCUGGCUGCUUCACAUGGACACUCGUUCACUCUUCAGAUGAUUCUUCGCAGCGGUGUGGAUACUAAUCCAGCCGAUAAAAACAGUUGGAGAGGAGUCCACUACGCUGCCUUCCAUGGAAGGCUGGGCUGCUUGCAGCUUCUGGCCAGGUGGGGAGCAGAUGUGAAUGAAGUGGAUCAGGAUGGGAACUUACCAGCUCAUCUUGCAGCGAUGGAGGGGCAUCUGCACUGCUUUAAGUUUCUGAUCUGUCAAGGAGUUAGCACGACACAGGUGUUGACAGCGAGGAAUGACCAAGGUGAAACCCCCAACGACCUUGCAAAGAGGUUCUACAAGGACAACAUAGUACAGUACAUCGCAGCUGUGGAACACGAGCGGGAUCACUCGGAUGAUGCAGAAAAUCUUGCAUUUCCAGCUCAUGUGAGUGCUUUCAAAGGAGAUCUCGAGGCUCUGCGACAGCUAGUGGAAUCUGGAGUUAUUAACAUCAAUGAGCGAGAUGAUAAAGGCUGCAGCCCCAUGCAUAAAGCUGCUGGGCAAGGUCACCUUGGCUGCCUGCAAUGGCUUAUAGAAAUGGGAGGAGACCACCAUAUUAAAAAUGAUGCUGGAGAGACACCGCUGGAUGUGGCUAAGAGAUUUUCCCAACUGGCUGCUGUUAAACUCUUGGGAGGAGGCAUAGACGAUGUCUCAGAUGAAGAGCUGAAUAAAGACAAUCCCAGUUUCUUUGACCAACAUGGCAGUGAGAGGAGUACGGAUAAUCAAGACAGCAUUAACCACUGUCCUUCUCAGAGAAGGGAAGCUCGAAUGAGGGCAUACAAGAAGAUUGAGAAAUUUGAGCGGUUAUUGCAAAUCGCCAAAAGUAACUACAAGCAACUUGGAGGUAUGCUGGAAGAGGAUCAGCUCCAACAAAAGGAGAAAAAAGAAGCUGAAAGGCUACUGCAGGAACUGCGGGCACAACUGGAGUACGAACGUCUACGACGCGAGAAGUUGGAGUAUCAACUUGACGACUGCCACACUGAAAUCUGUCAUUUGAAUCGAUGUUUGGAGAAGAUGAAGAUUGCCAGCAGUUCUGUGGCAGCAAGUUCCAGAUAACCUUCACUUAUGGGUGAAAUACCUUCUCAACGUGUCUCUGUUCUCUGAGCCAAAGCCUGGAACUGCUGACAUUGUCUGCUUAGUGUAAGCAGAUUCAGAUUUGUAUAUCUCAUGUAUAUUGAAAAAUACACUGAAAUGUGACAUUUGUGUUAACAAGGAUGUACUGGGGCAGCCCCACUUUGUCCUAAGAGCGAUCCCUAUGAACAAAAAAAGAAACCACCUAAGACUGAGUUGUGACCAUGAUGGAGACUGCAGCUUUCACCAUCUCCUCAUUCACUAUAACCAGGUGCCUUAUAAUUUGACACAACUUAAUCUCUCCUCAUUUUAGUGAAAGCAACCUUAGACUAAGUAAAUUUUUGUCGCUGUAAUAUUUCAGACUGAUAACAUCUUUGAAAAUCUCUGUCCUUUUUCCAGUGCUGAUUUUCCUCUCUAUAUUCUUUUCCAAAAGUAUACUUCAUGUUUUUAAUCCAUAAAAUCUAUAAUGAUACCCUUGGGGCAUGUCUACACCGAUAAUUCAAUAGGUUCACUGACAAAAUGUCAAUGUCCCUAAUGCUUCAUCCCCAAUCCUGCCAUCCGUGUAAAGUGUGAAGGGCUGUUGCACUGGGUAUAGCCUCUCACUUUCCAUGGAGAUAUCGAGUCAUAAAGCAUGGUGGGCCUUCAUCCCUCUGAGUCAGUACCAAUUGUGAAGCUCUGAUUUUAUAUUAAUUCUACAUUUAUUUUUUCUCCACACAUUCCCAAAGGCUCCCCAAAUUCUGGGGCUAUUUACAGUGAACAGUCUGCAUGGCUUUAGGAUGUGGGAGGAAAAUGAAGCAGCGGGAAGAAACCCAUACUGACACGGAGAAAGUAUAAACUCCAUACCAAUGGCUGCAGGUCUGGAUGGAACCCUGGUCACUGGAACUGCUUCACCACUGGUGCCACUGUUUUCUCACAGAAAUAUCUUUGAGGGAAUGGCGGUGUGCCGUGGUCUAGCAGAUUGAAAUUUUCAGCGGCCCAUCCCUUAAAACACUGAGCACGAGUCAAAUUUGGUACAUUGUGACACUUUUCCUGGCCUUCAGCCCAUCUGGAUGCAGCCUCACACACAAGUGGCCACCAAAAUGAGGGCUGAGUUUGGUAAGCUUCUUCCCUCUUUCUCUGGAGGUAUGUACCUUACCUACCUACAGAAAAGAUACAUUUUUGAUUGCCAGGUGAAAUAGAGGAUAGCUUGGAUGACUGCCAUGCUGCAGGAGUGGAGUUUGGUCCUCACCUGUGCCAUGUGCAGCAACACUGACAGCACCUUACUCCUGAUAAUUAAGUUCCUCCGAGCAUUACUUUCCCUGCCUCCAACACAUUCCAAACUUUUGCUUCACCUUGAUUAUCUGCUCUAGCUAAUUCUUGCUGCAUGUCCCAACUCCUCCAAACUGACUUCCCAGCACCCACAGGUAAUCAAAGAGCUGGGCCUGAUGUGAAAGGACGUGGCCUCACUCAAGUUAUGAUUGACUCUGAUUCACUGAGGCUGCUUCAAGCUGGACACAUAUACCAACCAUCUGUGGACCCACCAUGCUCUCAGCAAAAUGCAGUGCUGUCGUCCGUGUGCAGGAAGGAUUUGACUAAAGUGGAUCUGCAACCAGGAAUUGUCACUCUGCUUAUUUUCAUGUCUUUCUCAUGAUAACACAUAAUUAAAAAAAACACAAGCCUUGUUUGAUUCCAGAUUUGAUUGGUAAGCUCUCUGCUUCUCACCUCUUCUAGAUCUUAUAAUCCACCAGUACAAUGGCUGUGCUACACCUACAGUAUGUAAUACUAUGCUUUUCCAUUCCUACAUAGCACUGAUCCUUUACCACAGCACUCAUGGAAAUAGUGGUUAGUGAAUCCAUUGUCUCUUUCCUUGCUUGAUAUAUGUUUCAUCUGGGGCUGGUAACUUAUUUACUUCCAAGAUGCUGUUUACCUCGCAAUCUACUUUGAUACCACAAAUCUGCCCAUUGUCUCUGCCUGCUCCUGUCCCACUGAACUCGUCUGCAUACCUCGAUGUAGGUGGUUCGCCCCUUCCUGCCAACAUCUAUGACACUUAACAUGCUCUUGAUCUCCUCAAAAACUUUCAAUUCCCUGGAACUGACCACUUCAUCUUCACCAUGGAUGUCCAGUCCCUAUACAUUUAUAUCCCUAUCAAGUAAGCUUUAAAGCUUUCCACUUCUUUCUCAACUAAAGAACAAACCAGUUCCACUCCAACACCACCCUCUGCCAUCUAGCAGAAACAGUCCUCCCUCUGAAUGAUUUCUCCUUGGGCAUCUCCAGCUUUCUCAAAACUCAAGGUGUAUCCACUGGCAUUACUUCCCUUUUCAAUGGCUGUGCGGAACAGUCCAUGAUCCAGGCCUUCCCUGGUAAUGCUCCCCAAUUCUUCCUGUGCUCCAUUGACAACUACAUUGGUGCUGCUUCUUGCGCCCAUGCUGAGCUUGUCAAUUUCAUCAGCUUUGCCUCCAACUUCCACCCUGCUGUUAAAUUUACUUAUUCCAUUUAUGUUCCCUCCCUCCCCUUUCUCAACCUCUCUGAUUUCAUCUCUGAAGACAAACUGUCUACUGACAACUUUUAUGGACCUACUGAUUUCCACGGCUAUCUUGAUUAUACCUCUUCCCAUCCUGUCUUCUCUAGAAUAUUCUCUAGGCAUGUUUAUUUAAUUUGUUAAGGAGUUGUGAAAUGAAUGGAGAGUAGUGUGAUCAUUACUGGACAUCCUGGUUCUGAACUUGUGAUGGAAGGAACAUGUAGUGACGAAGCUGAUGAUAGUUAGGCCUAGGACAUCACUUUAAGGGAUCCUUGAGUGAUGUCUUUGGGCUAAGGUAAUUGACCUCCAACACCCACACGAUUCGAUGUAUAAGCUUAGCCAGUGUUCUCUCAAUGCCUAUUGUUACUAGGGCCACCAACCACACUACCACACUCUUCCCAUCUAUUUUUGCCUUCAUUGUCUUUUUGUUUGUGACAGUCUCUAUUCCCUAUUCUCUAUUCCUCUUGCUCUCCCAUAUAUUUAUGACGUCUUUAGGAUUUCCAUUAUUUCAUUUCUUUAUGCCUUCUCUUUGCAAAUUUCAACUCCUGCACAGUCCAGGUUUCUCUAAAUCUUUUGCUGUAUCAAUACCUAGUAAAAUUCCAAUUAUCACCAGACCUCUGCUUUACUAAGAUGAGAAAUACCUGCCGUUGUUUGCCCAGACUGCAUUCCAACUAGAAUCACUGAGAUGACCUCCUCCUACCUGUAUACAGGCAGAGGCUAAAGAGCAAGGCUUCUGAGAUUUUAAGGACUCUUAUCUCAUUAUUGCUAUUUAUUUAUAUUUGCAUUUGCAGUUUUUUGUCUUCUGCACUCUGGUUGAUCAUGAUUAUAGUUGCUAUUCUAUAGAUUUGCUGAGUAUACCCUCAAGAAAAUGAAUCUGAGUUGCAUAUGAUGA